AUGUACUUGUAUGAUGUAGAGUGCCUGUUGAAGACUGUUCUGAAUCAUUCAUGUCGAAAGAUAUGCUUUUGUGCUCAAGAUUUCAUGAUGCAUCUAAUUAAAAGAUUCCAAUUUAGUAGAAGUGAAGUUUGCCUAAAAUGGAUUCUUUUGGAUCCUCUCAUUGGCUGUUGGUUACUUAAUCCUGAUAAAUCAUUUUACUUUUUCUCUGAUGUUACAGCCUCUUUGGGCUUAAAAGAGUCUUCUGCACUUAAGGAUGAGCCAACUCAGACAAAACUGUCCUCACUACCUCAAGCCUUGGAUAAACUAUUGUUGUGUGCCAAGCUGCUGAAUCAGAAACUUGAGGAAGCUGGAUUGUGGAGACUUUUUCUAGACAUUGAGAUGAAACUUGUCUCAAUUCUUUCAGUUAUGGAGACAAGAGGCAUCUGUACAAAUACAAAAAAACUGCAAGAAAUGCAAAAUAUAUUACAUGAACAUUUAGAUAAUUUACAAGAACAGGCAUAUAAAGAGGCAGGAAAAAAGUUUCAAAUUAAUUCACCACAACAGUUACGAAAUAUACUGUAUGAAGAACUUCAGCUUGAUCAGAAAAGCAAUACUAAAGUGAGAGAAACUGCAAAACUUGGUCAAAAGUCAACUUCUGAGCACGUGCUAAGUCUCCUUAAACCAUGGCACCCUCUUCCUGGAACAGUGCUGCAAUAUCGGCACCUACAGAAAACCAAAUCAACAUUCAUUGAUGGUGUUUUACAGCAGGUAGUUGAGGGGAAGGUAUUUCCUUCAUGGGGGCAGCAUUGUGCUGCUACAGGGCGUAUAACUUCAAGUAAUCCAAACCUGCAAGCAAUACCAAAACAACCUGUGGUUUUAAAAAUUCUGCCAUAUGAAUUGCAUAGAAGAGACAAAAUUUUGCUAUUGCGAUCACCAUAUCAUACCAGAGAUGGGUACACAUUGUUAUCUGCUGAUUUUCAACAUAUAGAGUUACGUAUGCUGGCCCAUUUAUCCAAGGAUCCCCUCUUGAAAGAGAUACUACAGAAACCUGAUGAUGUUUUCACUUCAAUGUCUAGAAUAUGGUUAGGCAAAACCCAGGGUGAAAUAGAAACAGAAGACCGUGAGAAAACAAAAAGAAUAGUGUAUGCUGUUAUGUAUGGUGCUGGUCCAGCAAAACUUGCAGAGUUUCUAAAUAUUAACCAUUCUGAAGCCUCCAGUAUAUUCAACACCUUUUUAGCGGCAUCACCACGUUUCAUGUUUAAUUUACUUGCUAGUGAUCCAGAUGAAUUGGCACCUUUUCUAAAUGUGGCAGGUGAUGAAAUAAGUGUGAUGCAUCCAUGUACUACACUUGCAGCAGCACAUUUCCCAGCUAUCAAAAGGUUUUCUAAUGCAGUUGUAAAAGAAUGUCAAGCAAAAGAAUGCCUUCAUACGAUUACUGGCAGACACAGACUUUUCCCUAAUAUUAGUAGCAGCAACAAUGGAUUAAAAUCAUACACUGAGAGACAGGCAGUUAAUUUUCUCAUGCAAGGUUCAGCUGCUGAUUUCUGUAAAUGUGCAAUGAUAUGUACAGAACUUGAAUUUUUAAAGCAUCCUGAACUGGACGUACAUUUAUUAAUACAGAUACAUGAUGAGCUUGUAUGGGAAGUCAAAGAUGAGAAUUUUGAUACUGUGAAAGGUAUAUAUUUUGAUUACAGACUCUACAGAGAGGUUUAUCUGCCUGUUUAA